GACGCUGUGGAUAUCGCGAGAUAGGACGGGAUGAAUAUGGCUGCAGUUAAACUACAGAAGAGUGUCGUGAGUCAGACUGGAAAACACACUGCUUCUGUUAUCUUUCUUCAUGGUUCAGGAGACACAGGGCCAGGUUUGCUCAACUGGGUUUGUGAUGUUUUGGGACAAAACCUGGCAUUUGAAAACAUCCGGGUGGUUUAUCCCACAGCGCCAUCCAGGCCAUACACACCCAUGCGAGGGGCUCUGUCUAAUGUGUGGUUUGAUCGUCACAAGAUUUCCCAGGAUUGCCUGGAACACUUAGAGUCCAUAGAUUCCAUGUGCGAUAAUUUAAGCGCCAUUGUCCAGGAUGAGAUCCGAGCAGGAAUACCUAAACACAGGAUGGUUAUUGGUGGCUUCUCUAUGGGUGGUGCCAUGGCACUACAUCUGGUUUCCAGGUACCACCAGGAUGUUGCUGGCAUCUUCGCUCUGUCCAGCUUUCUUAACAAAGACUCAGUUGUAUAUCAGGCAGUAGAAAACGCAACACAGAGCCCCCUACCUGAGCUCCUUCAGUGUCACGGCACAGCGGAUGAGCUGGUUUUCCAUAGCUGGGGCAAGGAGACGAACUCACUGUUGAAGAAAGCUGGCCUCAACACUUCUUUCCAUUCCUUCCCAGACCUCAACCAUCAGUUGUGUCGACAAGAACUGGAGUUACUACGGUCCUGGAUCCUGAAGAAACUUUCCCUUUAGAGCAUCCUUAAUGCUGGACAAUGACCACUGCUUGCCUGUAUACAACCUAAAAUAAUCAUCAUUUACUUAUGUUGUCAAAAAAAGUAUUUUUUUCAUACUUAAAUAUACAACUUGGGGCAAACGGUGAAGGAAAUCCACACAAGUGUGCAGCAUACACUACUGUUCAAACGUUUGAGGUCGGUAAGAUUAUUAAAUGUUUUUGAAAGAAGUCUCUUCUGCUCACCCUACCUGCAUUUAUUUGGUUAAAAAAACAGUAAAAAACAAACAAAAAAACAGUAACAAUGUGAAAUAUUACAAUUUGAAAUAACUGUUUUCUAUUUGAAUAUGUAUUUUAAAAUGUAAUUUAUUCCUUUGAUCAAAGCUGAAUUUUCAGCAUCAUUAGUCAGUGUCACAUGAUCCUUCAGAAAUCAUUAUAUGCUGAUUUUCUCCUCAAGAAACAUUUCUGAUUAUUAUCCAUGUUGAAAACAGUUGUGCUGCUUCAUAUUUUUGUGGAAAAUCAGUUGCCUUUUAUUUUUCAGGAUUCUUUGAUGAAUAGAAAGUUCUAAAGAACAUCAUUUAUUUGAAAUAGAAAUCUUUUGUAACAUUAUAAAUGACUUUACUGUCACUUUUGAUAAAUUGAAUGCAUCCUUGCUGAAUAAAAGUAUUUUCAAAAAUAAAAAA